GAAUGGCUGUCAGGCACGACGCAGCUCCGCACAUGAUCGUUCGAACUCCGCGAAUGACCGGAGUCCGAAUUGCCUUGUAUCAUGAUUCAUGGGAGAUGGGCAGACACUGCCGGUCGAUCCUCUCGCAUCCUGAUCCAAGACCUACGUACGCAACGCGGUGCUGAGAGGAAAACGUCAGCUAUAUAUUCGGCGUAACACAACGCAAACCGGACCUCAUCAGAACUCGAGUUCGGUUCAUCAAUACGCAUCAGUAUGAUGUUCUUCAAGGCUAUUGUUGCCUUUUUGCUCCAGGCCUCGUCCCUGGUCGCGGCUGCAGACACGGCUGCAUGGAAAUCCCGCAGCAUCUACUUUGUACUCACAGACCGCAUCGCCCGCAGUAGCAGCGACACUGGAGGCGGCUCAUGCAGCAACCUCGGGAAGUACUGUGGCGGUACCUUCCGGGGUCUCGAGUCGAAGCUCGACUACAUUCAAGGAUUGGGCUUUGACGCCAUCUGGAUCACGCCCGUGGUAGCAAACAGCGCAGAUGGAUACCACGGGUACUGGGCCCAGGACCUGUACGCCAUCAACUCCAACUACGGCACUGCCGCCGACCUGAAGAGCCUCGUCAGCUCGGCCCAUGCAAAGGGCAUGUAUGUCAUGGUAGACGUGGUAGCGAAUCACAUGGGAUUCGCAAACAUUGCCGACAACCGUCCCGCGCCGCUGAACCAGGCGUCCUCCUACCACUCGGCUUGCAACAUCGACUACACGAACCAGAGCAGUAUUGAAAACUGCCGCAUUGCCAACCUACCGGAUCUCAAUACGCAGAGCUCGGAGAUCCGUACUCUCCUGAAUACCUGGAUCAGCUGGCUUAUGAAAGAGUAUAGUUUUGAUGGUGUUCGCAUCGAUACCGUCAAGCAUGUUGAGAAGGACUUUUGGCCCGGCUUCGCCAACGCUAUUGGGGCCUACUCCAUCGGCGAGGUCUGGGACGGUAAUCCAACCUAUCUUGCUGGUUAUGCCGGCUUAAUGCCGGGCCUUUUGAACUACGCGGUUUACUACCCGAUGAAUGCGUUUUACCAACAAACCGGCUCCGCUCAAGCCCUGGUUGAUAUGAUCAACACCGUGAGCUCUACCUUCCCCGAUCCCGCCGCCCUUGGAUCGUUUAUUGAUAAUCACGAUAAUUCCCGUUGGUUAAACGUGAAGAACGACCAGACCUUGUUGAAAAACGCCCUCGCCUACAUAAUCCUCGCCCGCGGCAUCCCCAUCCUCUACUACGGCACUGAGCAAGGCUACGCUGGGGGUGCCGAUCCCGCAAACCGCGAAGACUUGUGGCGCAGCUCCUACUCCCGCACCACCCCCCUCUACACCGCCAUCGCACGCCUCACAGCAGCCCGCAAAGCCGCCGGCGGCCUCGCCGGAAACGACCACGUCCACCUCUACGUCGCGAGCAACGCGUACGCCUGGAGCCGCGCGGGCGGGAACCUAAUCGUGCUGACGACCAACGCGGGGAGCAGCUCGAACGCCCAGCACUGCAUCAACACGCAGCGCGCCAACGGGCGCUGGACCAACGUGUACGGCUCCGGCACCGUGACCUCGGACGGCAAUGGGCAGGCAUGUAUCUCCGUGUCCGCAGGCGAACCCGUCGUCUUGCUCGCCUCGUCCGCAACGCCCUCCACCACGCUGCGCACGUCCUCCACCCCCGCCCCGACAAUAUCGUGUCCCGCCACCGUCGCCGUCUCGUUCACCCACCGCGUCGCCACCGUGCCCGGCGACACGAUCCGCAUCGCAGGCUCGACGGCGCAACUCGGCAGCUGGAGCCCCGCCGCGGCGCCGGCGCUCAGCGCCACGCUGUACACGGCCAGCAAUCCGGUGUGGAAUAUCACGCUGCGCAUGGCGGCGGGACAGGCGGUGUCGUACAAGUUCGUCAAGGUGGCGAGUGGCGGCGCGGUGACGUGGGAGAGCGAUCCGAACCGUGCGUAUACGGUGCCGGGGUGCCAGGCGGCUGCUAGCGUGGCGAGCUCGUGGCAGUGAGGGCGGGAGCGUGGGGGCAUGUGGCAGUGGGUCUGGGAACGUGGGAGUGCGCACGUGGUAGUAGGCAUGUGGCAGUGGGUUUGCGAAGGUGGUGGUACGAACCUAGCUGUGUAGCCGGGGGAUUGAACACGAAGUGACUGGGAGAUUCGAACUUGCGUACAUGGGUAGUACAUAGCAACAUCAACACCGGUUUUGUUUUUUGUUUCUCCACACACACAACCAGCCCAGCCCACGCCGCAGCAAAAGCCGCAUCGACGAGGCCCUAUAAUCCCAUGAACUCAGGCGCGCCCAAAACGUGUACACCUCGGAACCCCUCAAGAACAGCCCAGGCCCCUUCGCCCGUGGCUCAAAUGCCGUGAUGUGUGUGUCCCACCAAGCCAUCUCCGAGACAUAUACACCAUGCGCCACACACAUAUAUGACCCACGAGCGCAC